AUGGAAUCAGUGUGUUCUCUAGAGGAGGACUCCUUCACUUGUCCAGUCUGUCUGGACUUGUUGAGGGAUCCAGUGACUAUUCUCUGUGGACAUAAUUUCUGUAUGAGGUGCAUUAAGAGCUGCUGGGAUCAGGAGGAUGGGAAAGCAGAAUACAGCUGCCCCCUGUGCAAACACACCUCAGAUCCCAGGCCUGUCCUCAACAAAAACCACCUGAUGGCUGAAAUGGUGGAGAGAUUCAGGUUGACCAGCAUCCAAGCUGCUGCUCGAACUCACUGUCGUGCUGGACCUGGAGAUGCGGUAUGUGACCUCUGCACAGGGGAAAAACUCAAAGCUGUCAAGUCCUGUUUGGAGUGCCUGAAGUCAUACUGUGAACCUCAUUUGAAAACCCAUGAUGAACUUAACGGUAAAAAUCACAAUGUGAUCGAUGCCACGGGCCAGCUACAGGAGAGGAUCUGCCCACGGCAUAACAAGGUUAUUGAAAUAUUUUGUCGCACUGACCAGAGUUGUAUCUGCUAUCUGUGUACGAUGGACGACCAUAAAGGCCAUGACACAAUCACAGCUACUACAGAAUGGAGUCAUAAAAAGGAGGAGUUGGGGCAGAGCCAGAGGAGAUGCCAGCAGAUGAUCCAGUUGAAGGAGGAGGAGCUGCAGGAGCUGAGGAAGGCUGUGGAGACU